CUAAAACAAAAUGGCGGAAGGAGAAAACAUGGAGAAUCAAGGCAGCCUUCUCGUUCAUCGUUCCCUCAGUGUGGAUACCUCCAGCCAGUCUUUAUUCUGGAAGCCAGUGAUGGUGUUUUAUCAUCCCUCCAUGAAGAAACUAGCAAAGGAUGUCGUUGAUCUCGGCCGUAGGGAAGCCAAACUGCCCAAACAUAAGAAUCAAUAUAGGUCUGUUGAAUUAUGCGAUUUCAUUCAAUGGAGGAAGUUUCGUGAUGGCUGGCCAGACAUUUUUAUUAACAACAUUGACCAAGUUGUUGGGAGAGAUGUUAUAUUUGUUGCAAGUUUUCACACGCCUGAAGUAAUGUUUGAAGAGCUUUCACUGAUUUAUUCGUUUCCAAGGUAUUUUGUGAGAUCUUUUUGUCUUAUUUUACCAUUUUUCCCAACGGGCACAAUGGAGAGGAUCGAUCAUGAAGGACAAGUUGUUACGGCAAAGAGUUUAGCUGUGAUGCUAUCAGCUAUACCACUAGCUGCUAGAGGACCUGCUCAGAUCAUCAUAUUCGACAUACACGCUCUUCAAGAACGUUUCUACUUCUCCUAUAAUAUAAUACCAAGGUUGCUAUCAGCAAUACCUUACCUCAUCAAGGAGUUGAAGAAGCUCCCCGACAAUGGUAACCUAGCGAUAGCGUUCCCCGAUGACGGAGCUCACAAACGAUUUAGUUCCUUAUUUCGUGACUGGCCGUUGAUAAUGUGCAUAAAGACGAGACAAGGGGACGAGAGGCAUGUAAUAAUCAAGGAAGGUGAUCCUACUGGUAGACAUGUUGUCAUCAUUGAUGAUCUUGUACAGACUGGGGGAACACUUAUUGAGUGCUCUAAGGUAUUACAGUCUCAAGGAGCUACGGCCAUUAGUCUCUUUGUGACUCAUCCUGUCUUCCCCGAGAGGUCAUGGGAGAAAUUCACAUCAAAAGAUCCAGUCCCAUUCUCAAACUUCUGGAUCACAGACUCCAUACCUCAUGCUCUGGAGAUUUCAGAACACAAGCCUUUUAAACUUUUAUCCCUUGCUGAGGCUAUAGUGGACUCUUUACUGACACUGGACCUACAGAAAUAAUAGCAAGCAUACAUGUAUCAAAGGGGAAAAUUUUCUAUCAUAAUUUAUAAACAUUAAUAAAGUUUCUGGUUUUGAAAGUUUUAAGAGCAAGAGAAUAUUACUUGUAA